AUUUCCAAUUUUUAUCACUUUAAAAAAUGAACGAUCUUGUUAUUAAUCAGAAGAUUCUACCAGAUAUUUCGAAAUCGAAAUGGGAUCUCGACACGUAUUCAGGUCGUGUAAAACACUACUUUGCAUCUGCUAACCCGAUGACACUCUUCACCUCAUCCAAUACCCAGGAAAUGUGCAGGAAAAUAGUUGUAGACUAUAAAAAGGGGAUAAUAAAUCCGGAAUUGACGAUGGAUGAGCUAUGGAGUGCAAAGAUCCUCUAUGAUUCAGUAUAUCAUCCUGAUACCGGCGAAAAGAUGUUCUGUCUCGGGAGAAUGAGCGCUCAGACCCCAGCAAAUAUGGUUAUCACUGGAAUGCUUCUCAGCUGCUAUCGUACCUGUCCUGGUAUUAUAUUCUCCCAUUGGAUCAAUCAGUCGUUCAAUGCAAUUGUCAACUAUACCAAUCGAAGCGGAAAUUGCAGAACUACCAAUCAGCAGCUACUCUAUUCGUAUUUCUGUGCUACUGGAGCGGCUACAACGGCGGCUCUCGGUCUGAAUAUGAUGGUGAAGAAUAGUCAUGGAUUGGCUGGAAGAUUGGUUCCAUUUGUGGCUGUUGCAGUUGCAAAUGCCAUUAAUAUUCCAAUGGUUCGAGCAAACGAACUUUCUGAGGGAAUUGAGCUAUGUGAUGAGGACGACCAUCUCGUCGCAAAAUCCAAGCAGCUGGCGGCUCUCGCAAUUGCUCAAGUCACACUGAGCCGAAUUCUCAUGGCUAUGCCUGAUAUGGUUCUGAGCCCGGUGAUCAUGAAUCGAUUCACGCGAACCGCCUACUACAAAGCUCGUCCACUAGUCCAAAAGUACUCCGAGAUGCCGAUUCAGACAUUUUUGGCGGGGAUUGGUCUUUACUUCAUGACACCGUUGGGAUGUGCUCUUUUCCCGCAGAGAAGUGCAAUUCAUGUGAGAAAGUUGGAGGUUGACGUGCAGAAUCAGAUAUUGGAGAGGAAAGAUUCGCCGAGGAUUGUGUACUAUAAUAAAGGGCUCUGAAUUGGGAAAUAAAGAUUAUGGGUGAAU